ACCACAGCAGGAGGAGGAGGAGGAGGAGGGGUGGUACGAGGAAGGCGAGCAGCAGCCGUUGAAGGCGGCUUGGCUGAGGUAGCUCAGGUAAGUCGUGCGGCCUUCCAGCGACUCACCUGGGCAGGUGAGCCUGCCCCGCCCCGUCGACCGUUACUCUUCGGCGGCCGCGGGUGGAAAGAGGUGCCGGGGCUCACGCCCCAGCCGAGCUGCCUGGAGUUUCUCAAAGGGGGGCGCGGGGAAGCGCCUUCUGCGCAUGCUCGGGUCCAUUCACGAGGGAAACACUUCGCACAUGCUCAGAGGCCCCUCCUUGUCGACGUAAGAAGAGCUCUGCAGGAUGAGGCCAGUGGCCCGUCUCUCGUUCCAGCCUCCUUGUUCUGACGGUGGUCGACCCAUAGCUGUCAACUUGCAGAUUUGAAAAUAAGGAAUCAGCAGCCUCACCUGUCCUGGGGACAGCCUACGGGAUAUCUAAUUAUCCAGGAUAGCAGCGGGAAACGGCGCUGGAAUAAGGGAAUUUCCCGCAAAAAAAGGGAAGGUUGACAGCUAUGGGUCGGCCAGAUGCCCAUUAUGGGGAACCAGCAAGCAGGAUCCAAGCCCAAGAGCCGCCCUCCUGUGGUUUCCACCAACUGGUACUCAGAAGCAUGGAGGCAGAGAGCAUCAUGGCUAGCAGCCUUCAACAACCCCCUCCUCCAUGGAUUUAGCUAAUUCUCUUUAAAAGGCUUCCAGUUUGGUGGCCAGCCCUGCCCCCUGUGGCAGUGGGUACCACAGUUUAACUUUUUUGUUGUUUAGUUGUGUCCGACUCUUCGUGGCCCCAUGGACCGGAGCACGCCAGGCCCUCCUGUCUUCCACUGCCUCCCGCAGUUUGGUCAAAUUCAUGCUGGUAGCUUCGAGAACACUGUUCAACCAUCUCGUCCUCUGUCGUCCCCUUCUCCUUGUGCCCUCCAUCUUUCCCAACAUCAGGGUCUUUUCCAGGGAGUCUUCUCAUGAGGUGGCCAAAGUCUUGGAGCCUCAGCUUCAGGAUCUGUCCUUCCAGUGAGCACUCAGGGCUGAUUUCCUUCAGAAUGGAGAGGUUUGAUCUUCUUGCAGUCCAUGGGACUCUCAAGAGUCUCCUCCAGCUUACAGGUAAACAUGUAAUUUAAUUCUGGACUGGUGACAUGUUGGCAGAAAAACAGGCUAGCACCAUCUGCAAGCCUUAGCCAAGUUACACUUUUCUACAGAAAACUAAACUCUUCUAAAGCUGCAUAAUUCAGGAGUUCCUUUUGCCAAUUAAUUGAAAACCUGAUAAAACACAGGCAGAUAUGUCUUCUUAAGAGGCUAUGGUCAAAGCCUCAUGAAAAUUGAUAAGGGAUAAGCCCAUCUUUCAGUUUCAUCCACCCAGUAACUCAACUCAUCCUCCAGGGAAAGUCUUCAAAGUCCUCACAGACUCAUGACAUAAUUCUAUAAUAAAUAAACUGCAGCGAUGUAGAAGAGUUAACUGCUUUUAUAAAUGCUUCCACAUUGAUAAGGGGUCUUCCCUUAGAACAAAGCCCUUUUGAAUCCUCAUGGGGAAUUCCUGAGGGAAUAUUUGCCUGUUUGUUUGUUGGACUGUGGCCUUCUGAGGAGUAUUGCCCUUGGAAAUGCCCCCUGACCCUUUCAGGACUUGUGGGGAGAAAGAAAAAGAGUCUAAAGAGAGUCUUCUCUUCUCAUGAGGUGGCCAAAGUAUUGGAGCCUCACCUUCAGGAUCUGUCCUUCCAGUGAGCACUCAAGGCUGAUUUCCUUCAGAAUAGAUAGAUUUGAUCUUCUUGCAGUCCAUGGGACUCUCAAGAGUCUCCUCCAGCACCAUAAUUCAAAAGCAUCCAUUCUUCGGCGAUCAGCCUUCUUUAUGGACCAGCUCUCACUUCCAUACAUCACUAAGUUUAACUUUAGUGAAGUGCUUUUAAAAAUCUGUCCUGAACCUUCCUACACUCUGCUUCCCUGGAUACCUGCGAGUUUGAGUGUCACAAGAGAGGGGAGAAAACCGUUUUUUUCUCUGUCUGCUGUGUCCAUGCCAUGCAUAGUUUUAUAAGCUUCUAUCCUGUUGCCUCUUGCUCACCUUUCUAAGCUGAAAAGUAAGAAACCUUUCUUCAUAGGUUAGUUGCUCCAUCCCCUUGAUCAUUUUGGCAGCCCUUUUCUGGUUCUUUUCCAACCUUACAGUAGCCUUUCUGAGCUUAGGGGGACAAAGCUUCAAUUAAGUCUGCACUAUAAAUUUUUAUAACAGUAUUAUGAUAUUGGCAGUCUUAUUUUCAGUUCUUUUCCUAUUCCUAGCAUGGAAUUUGCCGUUUCCAUGACCACUGCACACUGGGUCAACAACUUUAUGUAUAUCACACAAGUACAAGUAUGUAAAAAGUGUAAUGUAAAUUCCUCCAUUCCCCACUUUGUUGCUUCACAUAUUUCUUACAAUGCCAUGAUUUUUAUUUAAUAUAUUUUUGAACCAUUCAUCCAAAGAUCACAGAGCGUCCGUUAUAAAAAGUGGAUAUGAGAGAGAGAGGUCCUGCCCCAAGGAGCUUACAGUCUUAAAAUGUAUUGCUGGGCUGAUAAGGAGGAAAGGGGAGGGUAGAUGGUCAUGCAGAAUUCAGUUCAUCUUGUGGUGCUGGAAAACAAACACUGGGUCUGAGUCCUGCAUCAAGUUCUGGUUGAGCUUGGAGGAGCUGACGAGGGGUGGGAAGCUUCAAUAUGCCUUGGACCUAGGGGGAGGAAAUCCAGUUAGCGUUGUCUAUAAUAAAUCAUUUAAAUUAACUGACAAAUUAUUUACAUAAUUGAAAAUUCAGCCCUUUUUAAUGGACUGGGGAGCUUUCUCUGCUGUGCAGAGCCCUUUGUCCCACCUCACUAAAUAUUUGUUCCACCUGGGACCUUAACCCGGAUGGAGAUAGCUUAGCAUCAAUUGCAAGUGCUCUGGUAACCUCCCGUUUAGGCAACAUAGAGCUCCAGUCUCCUUAGGAUCACCUGUUUCACUGCAUGUUUCCUGCAGUGUGGCUCAGCUGCCGUACCUGCAAAAACAAAGUUCUGUUCAGGGAUUGUAUUAUGAUGACUAUAAGUUAUCAGUGCUUUAAUGCACUGGGGGCACUCUUCCUCAGGGGACGAUCAAUUGUGAUGUAAAUGAGAAAACAGCGUUGCAAAUAAUUCAGCAGAAGUAACCAGCCUGCAAAAAGAUACCUCCUUGCUUGCUCUGACACUUCACAAGCACACUCACUCACUUAUUGCAUGACAUUUCUUUUUUUCUGUGACCUUUUUUCUGUGGCUACCACAGCAUUUCUGUGCACUCUGGGUUCCGUCACAGCGUCCCGUUUUGCCAGUAGCGGUUUAGUCAUGCUGGCCCCAUAACUGGAAAGCUGUCUGCAGACAAACACUGGCUCCCUCGGCCUGAAAGCGGAAAUGAGCGCAGCACCCCAUAGUCGAAUUUGACUAGUCUUAACAGUCCAAGGGUCCUUUACCUUUUACCUUUGCCUUGAAGCUAGUGCUUCAAGGCUGUGAUAAAAAGUGGACAACUUGCACUUUAUAGAAAUGUUUAAAAUGCAACUUGUGCUUUCCAAGUUUGUAGUCAGCACCUGUAAUUAAAACAUGAUACUUCAGUGACUGCUCAGUCAUGUACUUGUAUUCAUGAAAUGAUCUCACACCUAAAAUAAUGAAUGAUUUAAUGGCUUUCUCAGUGGUGUAGUGGUUAAGAGCAGUGGACUCGUAAUCUGGUGAACUGGGUUCGAUUCCCCUCUCCACAUGCAGCUGCUGGGUGACCUUGGGCUGGUCACACUUCUCUGAAGUCUCAGCCUCACUCGCCUCACAGAGUGUUUGUUGUGGGGGAGGAAGGGAAAGGAGAUUGUUAGCCGCUUUGAGACUCCUUAGGGUAGUGAUAAAGCGGGAUAUCAAGUCCAAACUCUUCUUCAUCUUUUGUGUAUGUAAUUAAAUACAAAUUCUUGCAAAGCAAAUCUAGGAAUGCAUGUACUCUUUUCACUAGAUGCUAAACAUAGUUACAUGUAAGAAAGAGACCGCAGGCUUAUCUGCCUUGGUUCAGAAGGCUGAUGUUAUCUUUUUCAAAUAGGCUAUAUAUGUUCAUGGGGAAACUGCACCACCUGCAGCUGGUUCUUUUUUCAUUGUGUUUUUAUUUUCUAGCCGACACUGUGGUUUUGAAACAUCCUCCUACCUACACCACAAGAACGUUGGUGUUGUACUCAGAUGAGGCUUACUGUAGCUGAGGGUUAAAAUGGCCGGGUAGUUAUAAGCAUGAUGUUGGUGCGCUCCCUGCAGGACUGGUUGCCUUCCUUCCAGCAGGCAGGUAGCAGCUGACUUGACUGCAGUCUGCAUGAGUGGCCCCUGCUCACAUCAGUGAACAUGUUUCCCCAAGGUGCAGAAAAGUCGUUCUUAUGUUGUUUGGGCGGCAUGCAUAGGGCCUCAAGUCAUGUCCUCCUGAGAUGGGUCAGGAACAUAAUGUGCUUGUAGGGGGAGGACACAUUUCUAGCAAUCUAAUAUUUGAUAUUUUUGCUUGUAGGGUCAGGAUGUAUACACUGCUAUCUGGGCUUUACAAGUAUAUGUUCCGAAGGGAUGAAUACUGUAUCUUGAUCCUUGGACUGGACAAUGCUGGUAAAACGGUGUGUUCCAAUGCUUGUUUGGUGGAGGAGAAAAGAGAACCCUCUCCUCUUCCUCACUACCUUGUCUGGUUUCAUGUAUCAUGUAGUAAUUUCCAAGGUGCUAGGUAAAAUGAAUUAAUCCCGAAUUCUAAUUUUAGGAGGAUAAAUCCUUCAGGCAAACAGCACACAAUUAGCAUCAUUAGGUCAGCUGUCCAACCCCCCUCCCCCCCAGAUCUUCAUUGGUUUGAGUUUCUAGCAAUUUUCUUGCAUAAUAAUAUUUUUGUUGCAAGCAGAUAUAAAAUUAAGGGGCUCGAUCGUCUUGGGUUUUGCUGGGUAAAAGUUUGCUCAGAAUUCCUGUAGCAAAGGAAUCCAGUGUUCCAAGAGCAGAAGGCAAGAAAGACCUACUGAACACUGUGGACUGUUUCAUACAAGACUACAGUGGAAGGCAGGAGAAAAUUGCUUGAACUUGGGUUGAGUCUGUUAUGCCUGAUUUUGGGUGAUUGCCCCCCACCCACCCACUGUAGUCCCAUCCAGCAUGGCCCAUGAUGUUUUGUAGGUUUCACUGAAGAGGGGUUUUUUGGGGGGGUGCAGGGGGAAAUGAAAGAUCCAUUGCAUGAACUUGCUUUCUGCUCAUACAGUGUUGGAGUAAAAAAAAAGUGUCUAAGGACUGCCAAACUCUGGCCUGAUUUGAAGUGGAAAUGGCUUCGUGCAAACUCUGGGAGAGGAAGUUGUGGCUGCCUUGCUCCUUGGUCGUUCUGCUGUGCGCUGAGCUCAGUCAUGGGUUGGCUUAGCAUGGCAUUUGAAUCUGGGCUCGUGGUUUACAGACAAACCAUGGCUUAGCUCAGUGAAGCAGCAGAAUGAUAGUUAGGGUGGGUUGUGACUGCAGACCUCUGUCUUACUAAUGCUUUAUUCUGUCCCCGUGUUCUCGGUUAUGGACCCCUGCCACUCUUUUCCCGGUUUAAAUGUUAAGCUCCAUAAUAUUCCAUAAAAAGGAAAUUCUUAUUUCAGUGGAGAUUAUGUAAGAUUGCUAAUUUGGUCACAGAAUUUUUCCUUGUUGGCUAGCAGCAGCUAGAUUUGAUUGAUUGCAGAGCUAUAAAUCUUGGAAUUCCAGUUUUACAAUAAAGUUUUCCUGUGUCCCAGAAAGCACUUAGUUUAACGACCUGUUUUCCUUCUCCCUCCCCUGCUUCCAUUUUUUUCCAGACCUUCCUUGAACAGACUAAAACAAGAUUUAACAGGAACUACAAAGGAAUGAGUUUAUCCAAAAUCACAACUACUGUGGGCUUGAACAGUAAGUGAAUCUAGUUUGGUGAAGUGAAAAUAAGGUUUAAAUAAGAGUUUACCUUGACGGGGUGGGGAACUAUUUAGAAAAGUUUAAAAAGGGAGUUUGAGCAGCUGCUUGAAGCAUCCAAGGCCAUGAUAUAUGCAUUCUGAAGAUAACAGUGCUUCUCUUAAGACUGCCAGGGGGAAAAGAAUACAGAAUACAGAGUUUUCUCUCUAGCCUAUCCGAUUUAAUUAAUGACUCUGCACUUUAACAUUUUUUUUUUCAUUGUGGGCACUGUCAACUCUCCCUCAUUGCUUGCCCCCUAUUCCUGCUUCAGGUUUCAAAUGUUUUUCAUUGGCUUUGGAGCAGUGGUUUUCAAAACCUCUCUUCCUAAGGAAAUAAAUCAAACUUCUAUCUCACAUUGAGGGGCCUCUGCAUCUUGUGAAGGAUUCUGGGUAGUUUUUCAGUGGUGCCUCUUGACAAACAUCACCUCUGGGGGACUUUUGGAUUUCUCUUUGUACAGAAAAAAGGCCCAUGUUGGGUUAUUGUCUGUCUUCUAGUUGGCACUAUAGAUGUGGGCAAAGCCAGGCUAAUGUUCUGGGAUCUUGGAGGACAAGAGGAGCUUCAAUCUCUCUGGGAUAAGGUAGGGAUGACAGCUGUGUGUUCAGAAAUGCCUUGCCAUCUUAAUAAUGGUCCCUUUGAAAUUUGUAGCAAGAGAGCUCCCCAGUUAAUUGCGCUUUCCAAUCAGUGUGGGCAGCACACAAGGAGUUGGAUCCAGACGAAGAUCAUUGAACUUGAUCCUCACCGAAACCCAAUAGGACAAGUUAAUCAUGACUUGACUUUUGAUUUAAUGGGGAAUGAAGAUCCACAAAGUCCGGAUUCAACCCAAAGUGUAUUGGGACCAUCAGACAAGACUUAUGCAAGGAUAUAGACUAUGCAAAUGAAAUGUCUUCUCUGUGCAAUCCCACCAAUUUCUUUAUAAUAGUGUGGGUUUCUGGGAGGUGAGGACUCUUUCAUCCUAGUAUUUAUGUGAGCUUCAACAGUACAGCUUUGCCAGUGUUGCCUAGUGGUUAGGGUGUUGGACGAGCACUGGGGAAGCCUGGGUUCAUAUCUUCACUUAGCCAUGGGCUAGUCACGACCUGUCAGCCUAACCUACCUGACAGAGUUACUUGUGAGGAUAUCCCACACUGAGUUCAGGAAGGGAAAAGGCUGGAUAUAAAUGAAGUCACUGUGUAAUUGUAGCAUGGAAUCAGAGCCUAGUUCAGUUAAGAGCUUUGCAAGAACAAUAAAUAGUUUUUAUCCAGGCUAUCAAGUAUUGAAAAUGUAGUGUUGCUUUUUUUCUAAUAAAAGUAAAGUUUUACUGUCCCCAUGGUUUUGUUUUAAUGACCCAGGAGAGCUUUAUGUUUUUGUUCUGAAAACAGUCAAUAGCCUUGUUGAUGUCCAUUGGUAUGUAUGUAUGUAUGUACUUAUUUAUAUUUUUGUUUAACAAACUGUAUAGAUAGACUGUUUAAUCCUGGGAAUUUAACACCUGCUUGUUAUGUGCAGUUAGUUUUCUUUCUGUGAGCCAUUUAUAGCGACAUACUUUGUUGCACUCUUUUGCAUAGCUGUCAACGUUUCCCUUUUUUUUAAGGGAAAUUCCCUUAUUCCGAAUAGGAUUCCUCGCAAGAAAAGGGAAAAGUUGACAGCUAUGCUUUUGGCAUAUGUCUCUGGGGCAUUAGUGCGCACCUUUGGCUUCUGCUUGUAGCGCAGAGCGUUCUGAAAGGACUGUGUGCUUGCUAAUUUGCAGGGAGUUAAUUGUGCAGGCAACUAUCAAGCAGCUGGGCAGGAUUAGGGUUUAGUUUCUUCUGUCCCUGCAGUCCCAUGAAAUAGGUGAGGAGAACAACUUGGUUUAGCUCCUAUGUUAUGUUUUCAGUAUUAUGCAGAGUCCCAUGGCGUCAUCUACAUUAUCGACUCCACCGAUGAAGAAAGGCUUUCGGAAUCAAAACGAGCUUUCGGUGAGCAUGCGGGGAGUUUUCCUGGAAUUCGUCUUUGUAGGGUGGGAGGGGCUUAAAACUGCUUGAAACAAGCAGAGUGUAUUCCUGUGACUUUGCCAACCGCAAAGCAAAAGUCGAAGCCCCCAAUUAAGUCCAGAGAUGCCCUAGCAAAGAUAUGCGUUCUCCCUCUCCUUGCAGCAGAACGUCAUUUUAAAGGUCAGUGCAGCUAGCUGGUUACGUGGUUGGCCUUUUCAACAUAGCUUUCCAAAUAAUAUGCUAUCAUUUAUUUAUUUAAGAAAUCUGUAUAUAUUGCCAUUCAUCAAAAGGUCACUGGCUCUUUACAAUACACAUAAUAAAUUACAAAUAAACACAGACUGUAAUAUUUGUACAAUACGAAAACCUAAAGCAGUAAUAUAAAUAAAAUUCAGAGGGUGGAAUUCAGCUAGCAAGCUCCGCCACCCCACACAAGGACUUCUGUGUUGCAACAGGGCUUUCUCCCUCGCACAUGCUUCCCAAAAUUGGGGUGGGAAAACACCUAGAGCAGCACGUGGGGGAAGGAGAAGACAGAUUGUUCCGUGAGGCAAGCAGAAAUACUUGCGCUGAUGGACCAGUCUGCUUGGCGCUACAUGGACUUCUUCCCAGCAGCAGUCAACCCGACAAUAAAUUCCACAACUUACCCCCUGUGAAAAAAAGACAGUCUAAUAACUUCAGUUAUUAUCUACUUAUUCCUGAUGAGUUAUUAUCUAUCUAGUUAUUAUCUACUCAUUUCUGAUAAAACGGAAUACUUGUUUAACAGCUGUUUUAUGAAAAAUAGCAGGGGGGGGGAGAAUUUGCAGCAGGAUAGCUAAAGAGCCGAAACAGCGUGCAAAUUCCCAGAGUUGCUAGUUUUCCUGGAACCCCUCGUUUAACUUUUUUACUCCAGAUGUUCCCCUCGGCUGUGCAUAGGCUACAGUUUAGUUGCGGACAAUUGGAUCAAAAGUGUGAUAUGAAUGUGUAGGGGAAUAUCUAGGUUCCCUUACUGGAGGCCAAUAAUAGCAAGGCAAUGAAUCAAUAAGCAUUUGUUUGCACGUGCAAGGUGGGCAAUCCCAGUGCAGAAGUCACUGCGAAGGGUUCAAAUGUAAUACAAGUAUAGAUAUAGCAGUGUAAAAUAAUCAAACCCACUCUUUAAGAACACAGUCUUAAAGCAUUAUUUCAGGAACACUAACCAAUUAGCAGCUUGUACCUUUUUAUAUGCACAUUUACUUCCCUUUGUUGCUACCCUAUUUUACACAAUCAGCCAUUUUCAUUGAAGCUUCUAAAGCAUGAUUGGUUGCAUUCUCCUAUCUUCUGAUGUCUGCAAAUGUUUUCUUAUCUGUAACAUAGCUUGAUCGCUCCCUUUCAACCCUUUCAAAUAUGGCCUUGUUUUCUUUCCACCUAGCAGUUUCUCUUCAAUACAGUUUAACUAAACGAUUUAACUAUUUCAGUCCCUACAAAUGUCCUCUUGCCACUGAGUCCUUAGUGCAAAAGUGUUUUCAUUCUGACAUACACAGGAUCUCUGUUAAUGGCCUGUUCCAGAGAGGAACUUGUAGUCAUUUUAUUCCUCCCUGGUCUUCUUUUACUCCCAUACUUCGCUGAGCUAAGUCAAGGUUCGGCUUAACUUGCCAUCCAAAUGUAUGUUUGUGGUUAAGCUCACCUCCUUGACUACAAGCUGUGGCCUUGGAUAUAACCCAGUUCUCUUCUCCCUUUCAUCUUCCUCACAGAGAAGAUGGUAACUAGUGAAGUCCUGGAAGGUGUUCCAUUGUUGGUUCUGGCGAACAAGCAAGACGUGGAGGUGAGAUCAUCAUUUGUUUCAAAAUCAUUCCCAGUUAGUGGUGUUUUAAAAUUUCUAAUUAGUAUUUCAGGACUACUUUUCUAUUGCCUUCUUAAGUAGCUAGCAAAAUUGAGCACAGCUAAAAUAUAAAAGCAACAAUAAGGGGGAAGAGAAUGGCAUAAGAACUUAGCAGCAACAAAUCUAUAAAAUGGAACAGAAACUAGGUCCCGCUUUCCAUAAGGAUACAUAUGUCUUUUCACUGAUACAUAAUCGGUAAUCUCAGCCUAUCCCUCUCUGGCUGCUUCUGUGACUUUCUAGUUACCAGACAUAGUUGCUGUGAGCUUACACAUUUCAGUAGCCUCCAGGAAAUGUGACCUGAAUAUUUUCUGUCCUUCCCUGUGCAUUUUGUAUAAACUGGUUGUUGGAUGUUUGUAGUGGUCUUAUGUUAGGUGACCUCAAACCAGGAGAGGUGGUCUCAGGUGCAAAAAGCAACAACAAUGUAUUUUCUUGGAGGGGAGCUAUCCUGGUCUGUCUUGCUCUUCCCAUUGCCUCCAGAAAGUAGGGCCAAAUACAGCUUUUUCUAUCUCCUUCCAUGGGAAGGAGUUGGUGUGCUGGGAUUGUAUGUGUUUGCCUGACAAGUGUGUUUUUGGUGACAUAGGUAUCAGUUUAAAAGGUAAAGGGACCCCUGACUAUUAGGUCCGGUCGUGGCCGACUCUGGGGUUGUGGCGCUCAUCUCGCUUUAUUGACCGAGGGAGCCGGUGUACAGCUUCCGGGUCAUGUGGCCAGCAUGACUAAGCCGCUUCUGGCAAACCAGAGCAGCGCAUGGAAACACUGUUUACCUUCCCGCCGUUGUGGUACCUAUUUAUCUACUUGCACCUUGACGUGCUUUCGAACUGCUAGGUUGGCAGGAGCAGGGACCGAGCAACAGGAGCUCACCCUGUCACGGGGAUUCGAACCGUCGACCUUCUGAUCGGCAAGUCCUAGGCUCUGUGGUUUAACCCACAGUGCCACCUGCGUCCCCUAGGUAUCAGUUUACUGCCCCAUAACACAGGAAGCCAGCCUUCCAGUGGAGAGCAUAAAAGCAGAUGCAUUCAGAGCAAAGUCUCUGGGAGGGAGAAACUGCUGCCCUCCAAUGUUUCUGGAUCUGCACUCUAAUCCCUGACCCUGAAGCUCAAAUCUAUCCCAAAGCUGAUCUUUCUUCAGUUUUGGCUGAAGUGAAUGAAUAUGCAAGAAAAGAGGCGUUGCAUGCUAGGGGCAAGAUAUGUCAUACUCUUUGAUGCCCUGGCUGUGGUAUCCAGUGUACUAGGAAUUCUGAUGUAGCCGGUCUUCCCUCCCCAUGGCUGUGCUGGUUGGGGCUGAUGGAAGUUGUAGUUCACAAUAUCUGGAAGGCACGGGUUGGGGGAAGACUGGCACUGUAGCUUUCAUUAAUCCCAACAGCUGCAGUGCCCGCACUCUGUCCUCUAGGGGGAGCCAGUCACUCAUUGAAAACGGGAUAGACCCUACAGUACUGUUAAGUUCUGCACCUUGAAUGCACACACAUAAUUUGUGCCGGCGGAUGUGCACACUAAUCCUGCCGAGACUCUCACUUCAUGCACUUGAUGGUUUGCAGUCCACAAGAGCUUAUGCCAAAUAAACACGUCACCCAAUUUAAUGUGGCAACUAAAGGUCUUCAGAGUUCCGCUGCAGAAACCUUUAUGCAUACAGAAGUAAAAUGUGCACAUCGAAAUCUCCGGGAUGAAAUGCAUCUAUCAUCAAAACAAGGAGCAGCAGUCUUCUUAUUCACCAUAGCUCAAAGAUUCUCAGGAGCUUGGGCAAACGGAGCAAACCUUUUUUGGAAUUUCCUCUCAGAGGGGUGGUGGUGAUUACUGACAUACAUACAAAGGAAACGCUACGUUUCUGGCACCAUUUUUUCCUGGCAUUCCGCUUUCCAAAUGCCUUUUGUCUAAAGGUUGUAGCUUGACUCAGUGGCAGUACUAGGUGGGUGCUGCCCAAAGAAGGUGCUUUGCGCAGUCUGGAAUGUGGAAGCGAAAAUUAAACGAAGAACUGGGUCAUGCUUAUGAAUUUUUUUGUGCUUGCGUCAGAUGUUCCACUCUGGUUUAUGUUACGCACGCUUCUGUAAAGAAUUGGCGAAAGUGUUGCAACGAGUGCCUACGAGGGAUGAAUUCCGGCAUCUGUGGAAUGUGCCAGACUAGCGUGUGCCCUCACACCACAAAGAGACUUGCACAGAGGACUUUAGAGCAAUCUCUGUUUCCCGUGGGGUGCCAGCCAAAUUGCUAAGCCUGAUGGGGGACUAAGGGUGGGCUUUAGCACAUGGGUGCACGACUAAAGGAAAUUCAACCGCAUCCCUCCAAACUUAAAAGUCUGCCGUUGCUGGGGCCUGCUCUAUACCCGGAGCAAAAAUGAGGUGUUGAAGUGGACAGGGUGCUAUUUCUCCCAUGUGAAGAGUGCCUCGUCCCCUUGCAAUGAGUGCUUCAUCUGGAAAAAAAACCUUAACAAAGCAGGGAGAAAGAAGGCUUAUUUUGGUUUUCACUAGAGGAACAUUUGAAACCAAAAACUAUCCAUCACAAUCUAUUGAACUCGAUUCUGGGCCGCGCAGGUAGAUCCAGGCUUGAUUACACCUGAAAACACUUGGGCAAAGUUUCUCUUACUUCAGGGAGGUUCAGUUUGGAAACUCUCCUUUCGUCUCUAGCCAUUCUGUUUGCUGGAACUGUUUCAGUCCCCCGCUGUCCUUUUGGGCUGCGGCAGCUGCCCUCUCAUCUGAUCAUCUAAUGUCCAAACGCAGAAGCAGUGUCUGGCUGCAGCAGAUCUUGUGCCAAAGUUUUAUACAUGAUUCCAGGAUUCCAGUUGGCUGGUCAGAUGCUUCAUGAAGUUGAGAGCAGCGCUGUGUAGCUUUCCUUGGGUUGCAUCCAGUAAAGCCGUCCCAUUGGCAUGAGGACUUCUGCCUGUGCAAUGGGAUUGUUUUCUACCUGUGCCGCCCCCCCCCCCCCAAAAAAGGGAUCUGCUCCAGAGAGUUGGGGAACCUCUAUGUCAGGUGCUGGUGUGGUUAUUCGAGAGCAAACAGGCAAGACUCCAACCUGUCUUUUCCAGGCUUUAUUAUCCGUACAAACUAUGUUACAGUGCAGAGCGUCACAAGUCCAUGUCUGCUCAGUCGCUAGCAGAAUCUGGGAGUGGGCGGUCCUUAUACCUUCCCCAGCAUAACAGUCUUUUGACCCCCAUCCUUCUCCUCCCCUCUCUGCGCGCAAACCUACUGCACAAAGUGGGCGUUGGCAAAGGGGGACUUGCCUCCCCCUCCACUUUGCUCAGGCUCGGUGUUGAGGCUCUCCCUAGCAUCUUCUGAUCCCUGCAUCCCUUCCCCACUGGCUUCCCUCCUCGCCAGAGGAAGAGCUGCUUCGCAAGAUCUUCGGAGGCUCCCUGUAACACAACUGCUCUUCCGCCUCUUGCCUCUGAGCUGAUGGCAGUUCCCUGACACUCUAGAACAGACUGAGGGCAGCUUAUAGAGGAGAAGUCCUUGAACUAAUGUGACAUCUUGGUUGGAUGCAGUCCCUUUAAAAAAUAACAAUGGUGCCCAUUGCUAGCAAAGGCAAGAAUUCUAGCUGCUUGCUCUCCAUGCCCAGGAGACUUUGUUUUGCUGCUUCUGCUGCAGGGAUCUCCACACAGGAACACAUUUGCCAGGGACCAAGCUUAGCAGCCCAUGACUCCCACCUUGUUCGCUAUAGGAACUAAGGUGGGAUUUCUUCCCCAACCAGGCGACGUCCUGAUGUUUUGGACUACAACUCUCACCAGCCCCAGUGAAUUGUCCAAAAAACCAAGAGUAUGCGAAGCUGAGGAAGACUGGGUGAAAUAGUGUUUUGGUUUUUUUACAUAUUGAGGUUGAUGUUAACUGAAGAAUGCUGCAUCCUUAACAAAGCAACUUUUCUUAAACAAAAAAGAGCCAGUUGUAUUUUUUAAAGAGACGUCUUCCUUUAUUUCUGUUUUUUUUUGUGUGUGUUUUGGAAAGAAAUUAAGAAAAAUCUACUGUAGCCCUGACAGUGCUUUUCCAGGAUGGGAGCCAAAAACAACAAAAGAACAAGGAAUAAACAAACGAAAUCAUAAACUGUGUUCGUCUAGGAGAAAUUCUCAGUGAGCAAUAAGUUGGUUUUAUUAGGAUCAAACAAAAUAGUGCUGAGUAAUAGUGAGCAACUUCCUCUGAAUUCUUCUUCCUAUUGCUGUUUUGCUGGGGGAGGGAGAAGAAAAAAUAAAAAGAUCGUCCCUGUUCUUGGAUGAUGUGGCACUUAAUUUCCAACCGCUAGGUAGUGCUUUGUUUGACUUCUUUUACAAACACAGCAUCAUCCAAAAUUUAUCUCUGGCUUUGCUUAUACAAAAGCUGCAGUGUUAUUUUUUACUUCUGUUUCUGGCCUCAGAAGGAGAACCCAUGUGCUUCACUUAAGGCUGGAGACAGAUCUGGCUAACAACUGAGGUUUAUAUUAUUAUUUUAAUGGGGGGGUGUUAUCCUACCCUUCACUAAAAGAAAGCAGGACAGGUCCCAGCAAACAUAUUAAUAAAAUUAAUCCAACACAUCCAGAUCAGAGUCAGAUUAAAGCGUAGCCAUGCAUUUCUCCAUCUUUCACAAACUUAACUUUUGAAAGCAAACUGAUCUUCAGAAGACCUGGGCAGGAAGCUUCAGCAAUAGCUUAUUCUAGCACCAACAUGGGGUUCUGUAUUCAACAUUAUCCAUAUAUCACUAGGCCAUAAGGACCUCCCUGGCAGAUCUCAACUUGUGAGCAGGACAGCAUCCUCCCUUCAGAUAAUUCGGUACCAAGUCUUUAGGGCCAUAUAGAGAAAACAUUGAACUGGGCUCAGUAAUGAGUUGGCAAACAGUGCAGAUCUUUGAAGGGUGGUCUUCAAAAAUUGGUGUCAGCCAUUCAUUCAUUCAUCUCAGGAUCCUUGGUGUAGCCUCGUAUCAACAGUAUUUAGAGACUAUUUCGAUUAGAGUGCAUGCUCUCUCUAUCUUGAGACCUAGUAUUAAUGCAAGCUAUUAACGUUAAUUAAUUAAUGCAAGUAUUAAUGACUUCAACAUCCAGCAUAUAACACAGUUGCCUAAUGUUAUUCAUCACAAUUUCCCCAUUUCACAAUAAUGAUUAAUUAGCUCAGGCAUCAAACCUGCUGAAUGCGUCAAAUUAAAAAUACUUGACCGGUAUUUGACUUUUCAGUUGAGCAGAUUGUUUUUUACUGGUCAGAUGCCCAAUUUCUCAUUCCCUCGUGACUCCCAGGCCACUCCAUCCCUAUCCAUUUAUAGCUGACAACCUUUGACUUGCCAUUACUUGGGAGUUUGCUGAGGCUCCACCUCUCUUGUCUUGCAAAGGAGGUUGGGGGGGGGGGUGCCAGGGCCACUGAAAGCCAUAGCUUAGAGGUGCAGCAUCUCUGUUGCAUCAUCACCAUCCUGCCUUUUUCCCAACAAGAUUCAAGGCAACUUACAGCUAAGAUAGACACAGCUAAAAACUUACUAAAAGGCAAUAAUUAAAAAACAAUUAAACAUAAGUCCAAUUACUUACCUGGCAGGGGAGAUACCAUGAUCACAAACAUAAGUCCAAUUAAAAUAUAGACGUUUUUAAUUAUUAUUACAUAGAAAAGAUCACAUACAAAAUGUCCCCAGUUCAAAUCCAUGGCAUAUCCUGGCAGGGCUAAGAGAGGCUCUCUCUAAAUCCCUUUUCAGUGUAGACAUGAUGGGGUUAAUUGAGCCCAUAGUCUGCCUCUGCAAAAGGCAGCUCCCUCUGUUCCUAGGGCCCCAGACGCCCUGCUCCGUCUCAGUGUCUUUUGAUGUCAGGAGUUGGAGUGAGGCGUGGGUCAGCAAUAAAACGAUAAAAGCACCCAAUGUCAAUCAAGUUAAAUCUUUAUUCCAGGAAACAAAAGAGUGCAGGCCUGGGGAGCACAGCAACCCUUCCCAGUAGGUCUUGCCCAAAUGAGGCAGUUGCGAGGACUGAAGGUCUGUGUCUUCCCACUGCUCCCUAAGACUCCCCCCCCCAUCCCAGGUCCUUCCCUAGCAAUCUCAGCUCUUUCAUAUAGUCCCUCAUUGCUCUGCUCUCUUCAUUCCUCUACUUGUUCUGGGAGAGCGGGGGAGAGGAGCUGGUCGCAGCAGGAGGGGGAGAUUCCCUGGAUUCUUCAGCAUCCUAUCUCAUCUCUAUCUCCUGUCCUUCCUCCUCUCUUGCCUCUGGGUCUAGACCAGGGGUCAGCAAACUUUUCAGCAGGGGGCCGGUCCACUGUCGCUCAGACCUUGUGGGGGGUCAGACUCUAUUUUGAAAAAAAUAAUAAUGAACGAAUUCCUAUGCCCCACAAAUAACCCAGAUUUUGAAUAAAAGCGCACAUUCUACUCAUGUAAAAACACCAGACAGGCCCCACAAAUAACCCAGAUUCAUUUUAAAUAAAAGGACACAUUCUACUCAUGUAAAAACACGCUGAUUCCCAGACCAUCUGCAGGCCGGAUUUAAAAGGCGAUUGGGCCGGAUCCGGCCCCCAGGCCUUAGUUUGCCUACCCAUGGUCUAGAGCAGCCUUUCUCAACCUGUGGGUCCCCAGAUGUUGUUGAACUACAACUCCCAUCACCCCCUGCUAGCAAAGCCAGAGCUCAGGGAUGAUGGGAGUUGUAGUCCAACAACAUCUGGGGACCCACAGGUUGAGAAUCGCUGGUCUAGAGACUACCCUCUGGCACAGCCGCCUCCUGUUCCCUAAACCCUAGUACCUUUUCAGCUUCCGACACUUCCUCCUCCCAGUCUGCUCCCUCGUCUCCCUUUGACUUCUCAAUGUCGUCCCACCACCACUAAUCCCCUGGCUCUGAGUCUUCUUCCCUUGGGGGUUCCCCAGCUGCUGCCUCCCACCAGUCCCCUUCAUCCAGCCGGUCCAUAACAAUUGACCAGCCUACUCCUCUGUAACAGUUGCUUUGGGGAGUGCCAGGACCUCCUCUGAAGACAAUUCCUCCAGGCAGUUAAGGAUGCUGCAAAUGAUGUGCUAAUCUCCUUUGGAAGGUUCCGCCUGCUAUCUUGGUUCAAAAUGGUGUCUCAUUAGAGCAAAACAUAGACCCAGACCUGCUCCUCGAUCUCAGGGCCCGUAUCGUCAAAGUUUGCUGACAAUAUAUGAAGAGUUGUCUGAAUGUAUAGAGAACAGACGGGCAAACAACUUUCCGAGCUUAAAAGAUUUAGUGCUGUUGAGUCCAGAAGCCCUCAGGCACACAGCUGUGUUAAUGGAUCUGCCUGGGAAAGGUUUCCUAAGGAUUGUGCAAUAUUUAAUAUGCAGCAUGCUGGUUCUUUUACAGGGACACCUUUGUGCUCUUGUGUACUUAUUGUUAUAACGUCAUGCUGCUCCAUUAGCUAAGUGGGGCCGGUUCCCAUCCCUUUGACCUUAGAUGACCUGGACGCUUUUACGGGAAGGAAUGUUUUAGACUUGAGUUCCAAGCAUUCUGUGUCAACCCCCCCAGCACACAAACACUACAAAGAUGAUGUCUGCAAGACCACACACAGACUUAAGAGACGGACGCAGGAGCCUAUCCGGUCUCCUUUGGCAUUCAGAGUUCUGGUUCCGACUUUUUAAAAAAGCCAAGCUGUUUAGUAUCCAUAUACCUAUACUUUGCCGGCAUGAACCUGUCCGUGUGGAGGUCCUGCCCUGUAUUCUGCAGUUAUUGAGUGCACUGCUGGUUGAGUACUCUGCCAGGGAGGUGCCCCCCAGACUUCGGAAGAUCUUUCUGACUCCACCAUCUUCGCCCCUUUUAUUGGAAAACAACAUUGUUCCAUAAAAUCUGGCAGUGGCCGUGGCCUUGGAAGGCUUUAAAAAGGAAUUGGAUAGAUUCUUGGAGAAAAAGAAGUACACCAGUGGCUGCUACUCGUGCUGGCAGUGUUAUGUAGUGGUUAGAGUGUGGGACUAGGACCUGGGAGACUAGGAUUCAAAUCCCCACUCAACCAUGAAGCUCACUGAGGGAUCAGCCAAUGUAUUUCAUCCUGAGCUACCUCACAGGGUUGCGGUGAGGAUAAAAUGGGAGAGGGAGAGAAGUAUGCAGGUGGGGCAAAAAUGCAGUUAAUUACCGUAUUUUUCGCUCUAUAACACGCACCCGACCAUAACACGCACGUAGUUUUUAGAGGAGGAAAAUCCGUAGGCAUGCCACCCGUAGGCAUUCCCUCCAUAACACGCACGGACAUUUCCCCUUACUUUUUAGGAGGAAAAAAGUGAGUGUUAUGGUGCAAAAAAUACGGUAACUAAUUCUGUGGAUCCAGAGGCAGCAUGAGUAAAGCUGUACUGUAGCCCAUAGCAGUUUAUGCCACAAUAAUCUUGGCGUAUUACAUUGUUUUGUUAAUUAUAGCAUUUAGUUCAACAUUUACUACUAGCUCUGGGCACGUGACAUUUGCCUUUCCCCUUUGCAGCGAGGGCUGUUUGUGCUGCGCUGAAGAAUGGGUCUCGUUUACCUCUGGAGCCAGACCCAAACCCCACUCUGGGCCCUCUCCACCCGAGUUUCAGCAAGAUGGCUUAGGCUAGACCGAGAGUGUGUAUAUAAGGGAAUGGCAAAAGUGCUUUGCAUUUUCCACGAGCAAUCAAAAUCUCAGGGAAGUAUCUCACCAAAACCCGUCUGCUGGGUUUUUGUCUUGAUUCCUGAGCCUCUUCCAAACAUUGCUUUCUUCCACGAAUGCAUGAUGCCUGCUAUCUUCGUUAUGUUUAUUACGUCGUCCUAAUUGAAUACCCAGGGGACUUAGCCAUCUCUGUCCUAAGGCAGUUCACUGGAGAUCCUUCGGUACAAAUCCCUCUCAGUAAUUAUUGCUUCAUGGACCUCUUCCUGCUGUUUUCGAACUCUGGAAUUUUCCCCAAUGAUGACAUUGAACUUAAACACAAAUGACUUAACUUAAAUGGCCAAGCAGUAACGCAACUUUGCGCAGAUGUGGACGAUUCCUCCUCUUUAUAAUCCCAGCAAUCUGAAAACAACUGAGGAAGUUUCUUUUAAAACAUCUUACUUGUAUUUCCUUAUCUAUUGCUCAACCCUGGUACUAUAUGUUUGAUUUACCACUUAUUCGUAAAUCCCUGUUUGUCUCCCAGCAGCUGCGGUUGAAGUGUGGGCUGGAACAAUUCAGACACAUUUUUAAAAAGUGAACAAAAAAAAGCACGGUGCUUUUAAUUACUAGUUUUUAUCCCUUACCUGUUUUGAGUCUUACGUGCUCCAUUUAUCCGCGUGUUUUAUCUUGUGCUGGUCUGUGACCGAAAUAUAGUUUGACACUGAUACCUGUAAUAUCUCUGGCAACUUAACUACAGCCCUCAAGAGCCUGCCCAAAUAAAACACUGUGAGAAUUGCUGUAAGGAUGGCAGAAGUAACGUCUGCGCAGCAUUUUGAAAACUUAACUUGGCGUUUGCACAUAUAGCUUAAAAUCAUCAGUUUCAUUUGGAUACUUGUUUGAACAUAUGGACUGUGUCUGUUAAACUAUACUUUGAACUCAGGGUCGAUGGAACAUUUUUAUUGUUAAAGUCAGCUGACAUUGUUUCGUUUUCCCCGUCUUAUUUGCCUAAAUAAAAGGUGCAUUAAAAAUAAAAAGUUGGCGCACACAUUUGCAAUGUGCACUGACAGGGUUCUGGGCUAUUAGGAAACAUGAAAAAGCAGAGUUCCCGGUUGCAUGGCGCUCUGACGCCACAUGCGCAUUUGUUUACAGAUGUCCUUUUUUCUGCAGAGAAUAGCCUUAAUGACUAAAAGGGGCUUAGCAUUACAUUGCUUCCUAAAUAUGAGCAGACUCACGCUUUGGCUAGGCUUCUGAGUAAAGUAGAGUUGCACAGUUCUCUCUGCGGCUUGUGUCUGGCAGUGAGUCUGGCCUAGAUGAUUUUCAGGUCCUUAGAGUUUGGCUCAGCGCAUAAGCUGAUCCAAUAUAUCUUGCCCUGGCUUCCAAGUCCAGGGAGACUCGCUGUAGGUGAGCGAAGGAGGUGCUUUGUAAAAGGACAAACCUCUGACAGUUACUCCCUCGUUUACUCCUGCAGAGCUGCCUGUCCAUCCCUGACAUCAAAACGGCUUUCAGCGACUGCAUCAACAAAAUCGGGAAGAGAGACUGCCUGACCCAAGCCUGCUCUGCUCUGACAGGGUAAGUGGAGAAGGGCAGCCCAUCAGUGCUCUGGUGCAAAGCAGCAACAAAAGAGGGUGCAUGUCCCGGGUGGAUGCCGUCAUAGGCUGGAGAAGUACGAAGACAGAAGGUGUAGAGAGGAAAUACCAGCCCUGGCCUGUGGUUGCACCAUCUACCCUUGAGGUUGAGGGGGAGGCCUGCUGCCAGAUUGCCUUCUGACCGCACUAAAAGAGGUGGCUUACAUGGGAGGCUGCCUCCUUGAGGCUGAUGAGGCAUAGUGGCUGAAGCUUCAUCCGAUCUCAGGCACAAAAUUCGCUAGCUGGCCCUUAAGAUCGCUGAGCGACCUGUGUGAGCUGGCAAGGAGUGGCAGUGCUGAGCUACAACAACAGUCGGGAGGCAAACCCUGGCAAAGAACAAAGGAGUGAUUAAACCAGGCUUAUGAACAAGCUGACAAAAGUGGGAAGCCCACAGAAAUACCGACUAGCCUGCAUUUGUGGGCACGCUGCAGAGAAGGGGAAGCCAGCACUGACGCAAAGGGACAAAGGGUUCUGUCAGAUGCUGUUGGUGGUUGCUCGUGAGUAAGCAGGCAGGACUCCAACCUGUCUUUUACAGGUUUUAUUGGUGCAAACUAUUUACAGUGCAGAACCACAAAGUUCAUGUCCAUCUUAGUCACUUGCAGAAUCCGGGAGUGGCCCCUUCCGGUUCCCCCCUCCCCCAGCAUAAGAACUUAGACACCCCAAAUCUCCACCUCCCCUCCUUCCAUUUCAUCCCUCUGUGCAGGCUGGGCGAUGGAAACGGCAUGUGUGCCUCCUGGCCAGCCGGGCUAGGAGAGGUGCUUGGGCUCUCAGCAGCAUCUUCAAGCCCUCUCCUCGCUUGGCUGGCCCCUUCCCUCCACUGGAGGUGUGACUUUCCUCACCGCUGGACGAUGAGCUGCUCCUCAGAAGCGUCGGAGGCUCUCUGUAUCCCGCUGCCUCCCUUCCCUGUUCCGAUAGCAGUCCCGACAGGUUCCAUCUCCUUGGCCGCCAGCCUGCUGUGUUUCUGUCCUAGUUGCGGAAUAUGAAACCUCCCUUCCUCCAGGGCUCACAAUGGAAACCUAGAGGGCUGGCAGCGAAGGAAGAGAGAAACCUGGGCUUCCCUCACCUAUUCCUGCCCUCACCUGCACUGACUUCCUGGCCACCUGUGGCUACCCAGCAAGGUGACCUCGAAUGAAAAUGACCCAGCCUGUGAUAUGCAACCUUUUAAGUUGCAUGACCUGGAGCAUCAAGAGCCCCUGUGUCAUGUUAUCCUAAUAUUAUUAUUAUUAUUAGAAUUUAUAUAGCGUGUUUGCUCUCAAAAUGCACCCUUCUGCAGCAUAGAUGUAGACAGCAGGAGAUGGGAAAGGGAAGGGGCUAUGGGGAGACCCUAGACCCAGGAUUCCCAAAUUGGGAGGUAACCUGGGGGCGUGUUCCUCUAGGGGAGUGCUGGAAGUGUAAAUGACAACCAGACUUUGAAAAGCUGGUAUCGGGUUUACCAGUUUUGUUAAAUGAAUAAAACUAAAUAAUUUUAAUUGGAUUUUGAAUAAAUGUGCAAUGAGUUGUUACUGUAUUGAAUUUUAAGUGUUGUCAUCUUCCUUAGUGGGUCAUGCAAACCGCUGUUCUGAAUAAUGCUUUUCAAUAGAGUGGGGUGGGGGAUGAGUUUAUGGAACCAAGGGGGUGGUAGCGUCAAAAGGUUUGGCCUCACUGCCCUAGAGAGUGAUGGGAAGGAUUUCUGAAGGCAGAAGGAACACUGCAAAGAUGGGGGUGAUAAGUGGUGGCCUUUUCUUUUUUUGUGUGUCCUCAGGAAAGGGGUGAACGAAGGGAUCGAAUGGAUGGUGAAGUGCGUGGUGAGGAAUAUCCAUCGCCCCCCCAGGCAGAAGGACAUCACGUAAAGGACCACUGAGGAACUGAGCACUGGACACCUUUGUCCCGCACAGACUCACGGCUCUUUCUCUAUCUUUCUCCCUCCCUACCCUCUCUCUUUCACCCCCCCAAGAGAUCUGGCCUGGGCUCAAGGCAUGAAUGUCCUCUUUUGGUGUCUCACAAGAGAACUCCUUGACGGGAGAAGUCAGACUGAAGUCUUUACCCUGUGCUCUCUCCUGAGCUCUUAAGGGGUGUGACCAUAAUGCUUGUGCACCUGCAGGCCUUGAGCUCCUUCUGUGUCGCUUUUAACCUGUGGAAUUGACUGAAGGUCCUUGCAAUGGCUAAUCGGAUGGAAAUCGGUGUUUGGAUUCGAUUGGGAGGGGGAGAGCAGGGACUAACAUCCCUAUUUGCUGUUGGAAGUUGCCUUCCCAAAUCCAGAAUUGCAUUGACGGGAGACCCAAGGGUGUUUGUAAGGCAAAGAGGGGUUUGGUGUGGGAGAUGACGGUUCCUUUGUAACAAAGAGAACAUGUCACAAAUCCUACGGUGGGACUGAGGCAUCACUGGGGCUAACGGGGAGUUGUGGUCCACAAUGUCUGAAGGGCACCAGCUUGGCUGAAACUGCUGUAUAGGGUCAAAAUUGAUUUUUGGGGGGUCUUAUAUUUCCAGUUUGUUUUGCUGAUUGAUCUGCGGCAUUGCAGAGACCAAAAGCCAAAGCCUGCCCUGUGAUGUUGUGCUCCCACAGUGGUCUUUGCUAGAGGGAAGCUGCCUUCGGAAGACAUUUUCUCUCUUGUCUCAGUCAAAUGAAGAAAAUGGUGGUUCUUCUGUAUCUGGCUGGCACUAAGAUGCUCUGUGCAUUUCCCCGGGAGUCCAGGGAGACCAUACAGGGAUUGUUGUUUCAAUAAAAGUUUCAUAUUCCUCUGUACAACUUUGCAGAAUUCAUGGCUACGUCUCUCUGGCAGAGCUGCUCAAAAUAUCCCUUCUUAUGAAUGAAAGUUGCUCGCCCCAGCCUUUGCAGCUUCUGACUCCUGCUUUGCCUAGAUUAUUCAUUCAUUUGUGAUGCAAAUGGCCUCUGAAACGCCCUCUCUCUAGGGCAGCUUUUGCCAAGCUGGCUCGGCCUGAUGGAAGCUUUAGUGCAGGGGUCGGCAACCUAAGGCCCAUGGGCCACGGGUGGGCCACGGGGGUCGUUUAACCAGCCCACGAGCUGUCCCUGAACCGAGUUGCUCGCUUGGCGAGUCCCCGCACACUGUGCUAAAGCAGCACAGCGGGGGGACUCACUUUUGUGGCGUUGGAAAUCACGUCUGCGCAGACGCAGAUGUCGGAAAUUGCAUCUGUGCAGACGCAGACACCGGAAAUCACAGGCCCAUGGAGGGAUCUCCGCUGGAGUGAACCGGCCCGGCCCAGGCAAGGUAAACCUUGCCAAACCCUGCUUAGUGUGAAGCAUCUGUCUGGUGCUAGCUUGGCAUAGGCUGACCCAGAGGCAUGACUGAUGCCAGCGUUGUCAUCAUUUUGGUGUCAGGUGGAACCUGUCCAUUUAUCCGGGCUUUUGGAGUGGGCAGGGAAGAUUAGAAAUUCCAUUAUGUCUGCAAACGGGGAGCUGUGAUUGUAGCUCUGACUGUUCCCGCCGCCCGUCCUCUCAAAUUCUGUACAGUGGUACCUCUGGUUACAUACGCUUCAGGUUACAGACUCCGCUAACCCAGAAAUAGUAUCUUGGGUUAAGAACUUUGCUUCAGGAUGAGAACAGAAAUAGUGCGGUGGCGGCCCGGCGGCCCCAUUAGCUAAACUUGUGCUUCAGGUUAAGAACAGUUUCAAGUUAAGAACGGACCUCCGGAACGAAUUAACCCGAGGUACCACUGUAUCUGCUUUCAUAAAUUGUGGUUUUACUCCGCUGCAACCUACCCUGAGAGCAUCAGACGAUGCAGGGAGAGGGGGCCUAGAAACUACCUUAUCAAUAAAGUGUGUUUAAAUUGUCUUUAUCCUGCUCUUCCUCCAAAAAGAAACAGCUCCCAGGGCAGCUUAAUACAGAUCAAUACAAACAAGACAAGUCCUUGCCUUCAGGCUUACAAUAAUAAUAAUAAUUUUUCAAAAAACACGGCACACAAGGAAAAUGGGUUGGGGAGGAGGAAGAUAGAAGCAAACUCAGGUUUACCCUCCUGGUUGCCAGCUCUUUAAUGACCAGCUGGGGUGGAUGAGUUCAAGGAGAGGUGCAGCCAAGGAGCUGGUGGUCUCUGCUGCAACAGAGUGCUUGCUUUUGGUUUUUCCCCCUGCUGUAACCUGAUGUGAGAGCUGACGGCAUAAGGAGCUUUGUUUUCAGCAGAGCUGGUGAUGUUACUGAGCUGGAAAGCUGCUAUCGGUGACCUUUCUGACCUAAAGCCUCUGCUACUCCUGUUUUGUCAGCUGUGGGUUACGUUUUCCAGGUGACUCAACAAGCACCUGCCAUAAUUCUAUUUGCUCAGAUCCAAAUUACUGAUUUGGAUACGGUAUGAUUCAUAUUUUUAUAAAUAUUCCUCUCAUGAAAUGUUGAAACCUGUUCAGACUCUCAGCCUUACUAUUUUUGAACCGUACUCUGAAGCGGAUAUGCUGUUCCAAAUAUUUUUUCCAGUAAUUGGUACACGCAUUCAUGCUUAGAACACAAAGAGCGUUUCUUGCCAGGCUUGGUUCUGCAGAGAGCCUCGUUUUUGUAGUAUCGCAAGAAGCCCAAAUUGAGUGACUUCCAGCUGGAUUGUGAGAAGAGGGUGGGCCGCAAGGAGUUUGUUUUUUUCUUCAUCAAUAUUUCUCUCGAAACUGGCUGAGUAAGGUUUACCAGCAACGCUACACACCCUUCUUUCUCUAAUGAAAAUUAUGCAUAGUUGAAAAGCAGAUUUUUUUUUCCUCCUGCCAAGUUUUGACUUUUAAGAGACCUUUGGAAUUUAUUUUUAGUAAGGGAAAAGGUUGAUGAAGAGAACAAGACGGGAAAGAAAGUCAUUGGUGAGAUCAGGGCCUAGGAAAGGAAUAGCUCUUGGUGAUCGAAAGCAUUCUAUAUGCUUCCAAGAGAAGACGAUGCAGGAAUGUAAUGUAAAAGUGCUGUGUAAAAUGUAUAAAAUAUUACUGGAAUGGGAGACAAAGGAUGAGCAAGUAAAAUCCUCAGUGAUACAUUGGGCAAUAGAUAUUGGUCAUAAUAUAGACGUGGAGGCAUGGGAGCGAUUAUGUGUAAUAUAAAAUUUACAGCAUGUUAUCGUCUAAGAGAAAAUGAUAUGAAAAUGAUAUAUCUUUGGUAUCUAGCACCGAGUAAAUUGGCAAAAAUGUAGAAAUCUAAAUCAAAUAACUGCUGGAAAUGUAAAGAGAAAGAAGGUAUGUGGUGGUCUUGUAGUAAGGUUAAAGCUUACUGGGAAAUGAUAUAUAAUGAAAUGAAAAGGAUGUUUAAAAUAACCUUUGUAAAAAACCAAGAAGCUUUUCUUUUGGGAAUUAUAGGGACAGAACUACCUAAACUGUAUAGAAAUUUAUUCAUGUAUGCGACUACAGCAGCAAGAAUGGUACUUGCCCAAAAAAGUCCCAGCAAAGGAAGAAUGGAUGCAGAAACUUAUGGAAUAUGCAGAAAUGGUGAAACUUACUGGAAGAAUAAGAAAUCAGGAGAAUAAUUUUUAAAAUAAAAGCAUGGAAAUGGUUUGUUGAAUAUUUACAGAUAAAUUGUAAACAGAUAAGAACAUUGGCAGGAUUACUGUAAUAACCUGCAGUUUCAUAAGAGUAUAUAUUUAAAGUAGAUAAUUAAAUGAGCAAAUUAAAUGAAUUUGGAUAUGCAGAAGAUACUAAAAAUAGAGUAUGAACUACAUUUGAUCAACGGUGUCUCCGAAAAAUUUCACACAUCACUUCGGAAGACAGGCGAACUAAUAUCAGUGUACUGGAAGAAGCAAAGAUCACCAGUGUUGAAGCAAUGAUUCUUCAACGUCAACUUUGUUGGACUGGUCAUAUUGUGCGGGUGCCUGAUUAUUGUCUUCCAAAGCAACUACUCUAUUCCGAACUUAAAAAUGGAAAGCGUAAUGCUGGUGGUCAACAAAAGAGGUUUAAAGACUGUCUCAAGGCAAAGCUAAAAAAAUGUAGUAUAAACACUGAUAACUGGGAAACACUGGCCGAGCGCUCCAGUUGGAGAACAACCUUUACCAAAGGUGUCAUGUACUUUGAAGACACUCAAACUCGACACAAGGGAGAAACGUGCUAAGAGGAAAGCACGCUUGGCAAAUCCACACUGUGAUCAACUCCCGCCCGGGAACCAAUGUCCCCACUGUGGAAGGACGUAUGGGUCCAGAAUUGGCCUCCAGAGUCACUCACGGACUCAUUGUUAAAACCGUGUUUAUGGAAGACAAUCUUACUCGGCUACGAGUGAGAACCAAAGAAGAAGAUGGGAGUUGCAGUUCAGCAACAACCCCACCUCUGGUAUAUCAGAAGGGGCUGGGCAGCCUCUGGCAACGUUAACAGGCGUCGCAACAGUUUUAUGCACAAUGCCUGAAGCACAGUAUUUGGACUUCCAAAAAUGGCUUUGACAGAGUUGCUCUUUAACUCCCAAAUAAAUCUUGCAGUCAUGG